GCCCCGCCGCAGCCGCCGCCGCGCUCGGCCCAGUCGCGCUGAGAGAGGCCGCGCCGAGCCGAGCGCCGCCGCCCGCCACCCGCACGACACUGUGACUGAUGAGAGUUAAAGGCCAUGGAUGAAGAUGGGCUUGAAUUGCAGCCGCAUGAGCCAAAUGCAUUUUUUGAUCCAACAGGAGCUGAUGCCACACAUAUGGACGGAGAUCAGAUUGUUGUGGAAGUACAGGAAACAGUGUUUGUUUCAGAUGUAGUCGACUCAGAUAUAACUGUGCAUAAUUUUGUUCCUGACGAUCCAGAUUCUGUAGUAAUCCAAGAUGUCAUUGAGGAUGUUGUCAUUGAGGAUGUUCAGUGCCCAGAUAUUAUGGAAGAGCCAGACGUAUCUGAAACUGUCAUUAUUCCUGAACAAGUGCUGGACACAGACGUGGCUGAAGAGGUUUCUUUGGCUCAUUGCACUGUCCCAGAUGAUGUUUUGGCUUCAGACAUAACAGCAGAAGCAAUGUCUAUACCAGAACAUGUACUGACGAGCGAGUCAAUGCAUGUACCUGAAGUUGGACAUGUAGAACAUGUAGUUCAUGAUAACGUUGAAGAAGCAGAUAUUGUCACCGAUACUCUGGGAACAGAUGUUGUUUCUGAAGAAGUCUUGGUGGCAGACUGUGCAUCGGAAGCAGUGAUCGAUGCCAACGGGAUCCCUGUGGAACAUCAAGACGAGAAGGGCAACUGUGAAGAUUACCUGAUGAUUUCUCUGGAUGAUGCUGGUAAGAUAGAACAUGAAGGUUCUGCUGAAAUUACCAUGGAAGCAGAGUCAGAAAGUGGAUCUUGUAAAGUGGAUGGCAUUUGUCCAGAAGUCAUCAAGGUCUAUAUAUUCAAAGCAGACCCUGGAGAAGAUGAUUUAGGGGGCACAGUAGACGUUGUGGAGAGCGAGCCAGAAAAUGAUCAUGCAGUUGGCUUACUUGAUCAAAAUAGCAGUAUUCGUAUUCCAAGGGAGAAAAUGGUUUACAUGACCGUAAAUGAUUCUCAGCACGAAGACGAAGAUUUAAAUGUUGCAGAAAUAGCCGAUGAGGUUUAUAUGGAAGUGAUAGUAGGAGAGGAAGAUGCAGCAGUCACCCACGAACAGCAAAUUGAUGACAAUGAGAUUAAAACUUUCAUGCCAAUAGCAUGGGCAGCAGCUUAUGGUAAUAAUAAUGAUGGCAUUGAAAGUCGGAAUGGCACUGCAAGUGCUCUUUUGCACAUAGAUGAGUCAGCGGGACUUGGGAGACUGGCAAAGCAAAAACCAAAGAAGAAAAGGAGACCUGAGUCCAGGCAGUAUCAAACAGCAAUAAUCAUUGGGCCCGAUGGUCAUCCACUGACAGUCUAUCCCUGCAUGAUUUGUGGAAAGAAAUUUAAAUCUAGAGGUUUCUUGAAAAGGCACAUGAAAAACCACCCGGAGCACCUUCUUACUAAGAAAAAGUACAGAUGCACAGACUGCGAUUACACUACGAAUAAGAAAAUAAGUUUACAUAACCACUUGGAGAGUCAUAAGCUGACCAACAAAACAGAAAAGCUUAUUGAGCGUGAUGAGUGUGGGAAAAGCUUCUCUCACACGGGAGCGUUAUUUGCGCACAAGAUGGUGCACAGGGACAAAGGAGUGAAUAAAAUGCACAAGUGCAAAUUCUGCGACUAUGAGACAGCAGAACAAGGAUUGCUAAGUCAUCACCUUUUAGCUGUCCACAGCAAGAACUUUCCUCAUAUUUGUGUGGAGUGUGGCAAGGGAUUUCGUCAUCCGUCGGAGCUGAAGAAGCACAUGCGAAUCCACACUGGUGAGAAACCAUACCAGUGCCAAUAUUGUGAAUACCGAUCUGCCGACUCUUCUAACUUGAAAACUCACGUAAAGACUAAACAUAGCAAGGAAACGUCGUCCAAGUGUGAUAUUUGUUUCCAGACUUUUUCAGAUACCAAAGAGCUACAGCAGCAUACGCUUAUGCAUCAAGAAAGCAAAACACAUCAGUGUUUGCAUUGUGACCAUAAGAGCUCAAACUCGAGUGAUCUGAAACGACAUAUAAUUUCAGUCCACACAAAAGACUAUCCCCAUAAGUGUGAUAUGUGUGAUAAAGGCUUUCACCGGCCUUCGGAACUGAAAAAACACGUGGCGGCUCACAAGGGUAAAAAAUUACACCAAUGCAGACAUUGUGACUUUAAGAUUGCAGAUCCGUUUAUUCUGAGUCGCCACAUACUCUCAGUUCACACAAAGGAUCUUCCAUUCAGGUGCAAGAGAUGUAGGAAGGGCUUUAGGCAACAAAACGAGCUGAAAAAACACAUGAAAACACACAGUGGCAGGAAAGUGUAUCAAUGCGAGUACUGUGAGUAUAGCACUACAGACGCCUCAGGCUUCAAACGGCAUGUUAUUUCCAUUCAUACAAAAGACUACCCUCACCGAUGUGAGUAUUGCAAGAAAGGUUUCCGAAGGCCUUCAGAGAAGAACCAGCACAUUAUGCGGCAUCAUAAAGAUGUUGGGCUGCCUUAAAGUCUCUUUCACAGACUUACGGCUGGAAUUGCAAAGGAAUUUUGCCUUUCGGGCAGUUAGCUUAUUUUAAAGCCAAUCACCUGCGAUCACACACACAGACACAGACACACACACACAGGAGAGAAAAAAGAAAAACCAACAAAAAAAUACCCCCAUACUGUGCAUUUGAUUUGUUGCUGUAUAAAAAUAGGAUUAUUGCUUCUAGUUGACUUUUAUACCUUUUGUUCAAUAGCGUGUUCUGAAUUCUAUUCAGUUUGUUUAAUAAAUGAAGAAAAGAUGGCAACAAUAAAGUUGCAUUUAAUAAAGUAAACCCUGUCUCUUAAUGAAUUUUUCAACCGUAAUAGCUUAAGUAUAUUUAUCUUACUGACCUCGUUGAUACUCACAGUGUCCAUGUUAAUGCAGUUUUGUUGUGAGUUUUAAAACUAUGAAAUUUCUCUUGCUGAAAUUGUCAGAGGUGUGUAUGAAAUGGGGAAUUGUAACGCUAAAGUCACUAGGGCCCACCUGAUUGUCUUGUUCUGACUAUACAGACUUUGUGGCAAGUUAACUGUGUUACCUUUAAGGAGUUACACGUCAGACGUUAUUGCGGGAAAGCUUCUGCAUUUUAAUUCAGGUUUCAAAGAUGAAAUUUUAAAAUGGUUUGGGGCAUUUUUAUUAUUUUUUAAUCGCAUUUAAAAGUACGCUCAAACAUGCUUGUUGUUCUGUGCUUCUUUGUCUCGGAAAGGUUUGCGUGUUAUAGAGGAGUUGGAUUUUACUUUCAGUUUACUGCCGGCUUGGUAUUGGAAACAUGAAAUACUGUUGUUCUGUUUGCAAAGUUGAUAGGUCGCAACUGUCUGUAUGUGCUGAUAAAUGUACCUCCGCUGUAAUGGCUUUAUGUAUGUUAGCAUUUCUUUGGAGGAACGGUGCGCUGUUUGAGUCACGUUUCUAUUCUGAGAUGACUUAAGAAUAAAAUUUAAGACCAAGAGGUGCCUUGAUUUUGGAAAUGAGAUGCUGACAUUGAGAGCUUCAGAGGGGUCGGAACGGGGCAGUUGCGUUCAUAAGGAGUAGAGGUGUUUUUGUGUAGCUGUCCUUCAUCAGAACAAUAACUUAGGGCAGUAGCAGAACUGUUUCUAAAUGGAAUGUUUUUCCUGAGCCAUCAGCAGCUGUGUUGAGCUGCUGUUUAUUAAUGAGUACGGCAUCCAGAAAUCAACCCAGUUCUUGUAGUCUGUUUAUAAACAGCUGGGAGAACAUUACAAUUAUUAUAUGCAAUUUUGCCACCUGAAGACUAUUACAAAGUACUGCUGUAUCAUUUGCUAAUUGCAGAGUAAAUAAAUGUACAAAGUGUGAAGUCAUGUACGUUAACAACAACCGCUGGGCAAAAAUAGAAAAAAGGAUUUAAUUAUAAGCCAGAUUUUAGGGCCCAGGCCCGCUCCCCUUUCUCAGAUCCCCCCUGAAGCUGCCAGCUGGCUGUGCAUUGCAGAAUUUGGACCCAAUUUGGAUAGAUUUGGAACUAACCGUUCACUAACUAAUGGGUUCAGGGCCCGUCCCAGUGCUUUCCCUUGUUUGUAGGCAGGCGAGUGUCCUGUUAAACAGGAAUUUCAGUAACCAUUUCGAGUUUGGGGCCAUAAAGGGACAAAGGUUUCCUCUCAGAUGUGCACCUUCUAAACGAUCUGUAUUAGGUUUUGUUACCGAAUCCUUGUGUUUCACCGUAAGCUUCAGUACUUGUGUCUGUUUCGCUGGUUCAGGAGAGCCUAAAGCCACGUCCCUGCCUUGUACAACGCUGCUGCUUUGGAUGCUGCCUACCAGUGCCCCCCGGGCUUGUGCCGCGUGUAGCCCCGCCAGCGGCUGCCCGUCACCCUUUGGUGCGUGGUGCUGCUCUGCGCCUUGGCUGAAAGCCGCGCUGCAGUCAGUGGAUGUUCUGUGUGGCCGUAGCUGUCCGCCUGUCGCCCACGGGUUGCCAAAUGAAAUGUGUUAAAACACACCGGAGGUUCUCCACGCGCGUCUCUUUACAGAGAGUCCCCUUCUUUGGCUUCCCCCCUCCUCGUACGUUCAGGCAUUUUCUCACUGGAAACCUGAGAAGUGUACAAAAUGUGCAUAAAUUCCCAUAGGAUUUUAGCCAUUUUUGACUUGAUUUUUUUUAAAUAAGCUGAAAGACAAAGAACACAAUUUUACACAUUUGUUUUCCUCUUAUGUAGCCUGGAAUCAUACUCACACCUUUAUUCUUUUUUUUUUUUUUUUUUUUUUUUAAGCACAAUGUCGAAAGUUUUUUUUCUUAAUUUUUUUUUUUUUUUAAAUAAUUGAGGGUUUUGUCAAGUGGAAUUUUGUAAAAUGUAUUUGUCUGUAUAAAGAGCAAAUGGAAAUAUAGUUAUUGUUAAUGUACUGACAUUAGUUACAGGUUAGUUUGAAUCCUUAAAUAAUUUGCUUAGCAAAUGCUAUGAAUGGAUGUUUCAGUUUAAUGUUUAAAAAAGGUACAGAUUUUUACAAGGACAUACUAUAAAUUAUUGUUCUGUAGAAAACCCCCCUGUUAAAUAUUGUAUACGUCCUUCCCUUCUGUACACUUUGUAAAAAAGACAAAAGGAAAAAAACGAAGUACAUAGAAUCAUAUAGGGAUGUGUGACAUUAUUGUAACUGUGUACUUGAUAAUAACGUGAAAAAAUAAAAUUCAAAGUAUUUUCCUGUUAA